AUGUCGUCAAGCCUUUUUAUCCUGGAUGAAAAUCUGGAGCCAUUGGUAUCGAAGAAUAUUAGAGCACUACCGAAUCUAUCGUCGGUUCUUUCAAGUUUCAAACAAUGUUAUCAUGACGGGUCGCCUCCAAUUCUCUCCCAAAACGAUUGGUUCUUUAUACAUUUGAAGAGAGACUUUCUGCAUUUCGUUUCAGUGAUACAUACCACAGACAAACCAAAUAUAGACUUAAUGACUAUACUAGCCUUUUUGGAACAAUUUUAUCAUCUUUUACAAAAAUAUUUUGAAAUCGAGGUCUUAACUAAGAAUGUCAUACUGGACAACAUCUUACUUGUCCUGGAGUUGAUUGAUGAAUGUAUAGACUUUGGUAUCGUACAAGUGACGGAUCCAAGUAUCAUCAAGGACUACAUUCGUGUGAAGGUCAACGUACCAAGAGUUACAGUAGACAAUGAGGAGUGGAGCCCUGGUGAAGAGAGCAGUAGUAGUAGCGGUAGCGAUAGCGAUAGCGAGUACAGCAAUACUAAUAAGAGGAAGGAUAAGAAGAAGAAAAGGAAGAAGAAAAAGGGCACUAAAGGGAAAAGCGUGGGCAAAAGUAAAUUAAAAAGUAUAAUGGUAAACAAUAAAGAAAAUAGGGGCAUAAACGUGGUGGAAACUGUCAAGGAGACACUAAGGAACAAGAAUGAUACCGGUAAAGAAGCCGCUAAUGACGAGCUCCCCAAUGACGGUAAUGAUUUAUACAUCAAUGGCGAUAUUGCGAAGACGAUUAUAAUGCCCAUAUCAUGGAGAACAAAGGGGAUACAUUACGCCAAAAACGAGUUCUUUCUUGAUGUUAUUGAACGUGUUCAGUACUUGAUGGAUUUUGAAAAAGGAGUGAUUAGGAAAAAUCUGAUACAUGGAGAGAUUGUGUGCAGAUGCUAUUUAUCAGGGAUGCCCAAACUGAAAAUAUCCAUAAACAAGAUACUGAACAGGGACCCCCAGUUCAUGUCGAAUUCCAGCUUUCAUCAGUGUGUUUCACUAGAUUCCAUAAACACUAUUGAAAAAGAUGAAGAAAAGAAUAGUGACGAUGAUGCUGGUUUGCAGGCCGCCACAGAUGCAAGAGAAAUCGAAUUUAUACCGCCGGAUGGCGAAUUUGUUCUUUGCCAAUACGAGUUGAAGAGACAUGUAAAGGAUGCGCCGAUGGUGAGGUUGAAAGAUUUUGAAAUCAAACCUAAACUGAAGAAGUUUAAAAUCCAAAUUGUAACCAAAAUUCAAACAAAUUUUAAACCCACCAACUCAACGUCGAAGCUAAACGUGAGAAUUCCCCUGACAAAAGUCUUCCAGGAAUAUAAAAUAGACCUCAGCAAGCAAAUUAGAUUCAAGGCAAACAUCGGCAAGGUCGUGUUUAACUUGAGUGACGAUUUUCUCCUCUGGGAGAUACAAACCAUGAAGGGGCACCGAGAACAUAGCACAAACAAGAGCUCACAGUACAACAGCGACGAAGAUGAUCCAAAUACGUGUGCAUCCAUGGUGGCAGAGUUCCCCCUCUUCAACCAGGAAGAAUAUGACCGCCUGCAAGAAGAAAUGAAAACCUCAAUGAAUCCGCCGCCCUUGCGCACGGGACCCAGGCUGGAAGAACUAUAUAGACAAGUGCACGACCAACAAACUUCCCACGUUACUCCUCGAGAUAAGUUGGUCAACAUUGAUUUCGAGAUUCCGUACUGUACAUGCAGUGGCCUGAAAGUUGAGUACUUGAAGGUCGAAGAGCCACAAUUGCAGUACCAGUCUUUCCCCUGGGUCAGAUACAAGACCGUCAGCGACGAAGAGUACGCAUAUAUUGUUUGA